UACAUUAACACAUUUGUAUCUCUUCACUUCCAUACCCCAAAGUCAAUUAUUUUCACAUACAACUUGAAGAGAAACUUUCGGCUAAUAGCCUGAAAUAAUGGCUUCUGUGUGUGCAUCUUCUGCUAUUGCAGCUGUUGCUAUCUCCUCUCCCAGUUCCCAGAAGAGUGGAUCUAUUGUAGGAUCCACAAAGGCUUCUUUCCUUGGUGGGAAGAAACUGAAAUUGAGAAAGUAUGUAGCACCAGCUGGAACACGAUCGGUUUCAGUGAGUGCAGCCGUAGCUGACCCUGAUAGACCUAUCUGGUUCCCAGGCAGCACCCCUCCACCAUGGCUUGAUGGCAGCCUUCCCGGAGACUUUGGUUUCGAUCCUCUUGGUCUUGGAUCUGAUCCUGAGACCCUGAGAUGGAACGUGCAAUCAGAACUUGUACACUGCAGAUGGGCCAUGUUGGGAGCAGCUGGUAUUUUCAUCCCAGAAUUCUUAACGAAGAUUGGAAUCUUAAAUACUCCUUCAUGGUACAGUGCUGGAGAACUUGAAUACUUCACUGAUACCACUACCCUCUUCAUUGUUGAGAUGAUAUUCAUCGGGUGGGCCGAGGGGAGACGGUGGGCUGACAUUCUGAAGCCAGGAUGUGUUAACACUGACCCAAUUUUCCCCAACAACAAGCUCACUGGAACUGAUGUUGGUUACCCAGGUGGGCUUUGGUUUGACCCUCUUGGAUGGGGUAGCGGUUCUCCUGAGAAAGUUAAGGAGUUGAGGACUAAAGAGAUCAAGAAUGGAAGGUUGGCCAUGUUGGCUGUGAUGGGUGCGUGGUUUCAACACAUUUACACUGGCACUGGCCCGAUUGACAACCUCUUUGCCCACCUUGCUGAUCCUGGUCACGCCACCAUUUUUGCUGCGUUCACCCCCAAGUGAGACAACUACCUUUAUAAGUGUGGGAGAUAAAAUUUCACUUCACAUAAGGGGUUGAAAAGAUCAUGUAAUUUUUCUUAUUGAAGUUCCAUGGUAUCAUUAGAACUUGUAUUAAUUGCCUGUGUGUUUAUGCGUUCUAUAGAAUGCUCCUGCGAUGUACAAAUACCUCUGUGAACCUAGAUGCCGUGAAUAUAAAUUCAGUUGGAAACCAAAA